UUGAGAGAGAUUAUCUGAGAAUCUAUCAUGAGAGAAGAGACAGUUUCUUGGAAGUACUUUAAAAGAGAUGUUGUGCCGUUUGCUGCGAUGAUCGCAGUCGAGUGUACAACGGUUGGAUCGAGCACACUGUAUAAAGCUGCUACCUUAAGAGGAUUUAGCUUUUAUGUCUUUGUGUUUUAUUCUUAUGUUGGUGCUUCACUUGUUCUUCUUCUACUUUCCCUUAUCUUUGGAAGGUCGAGAAGUUUACCUACAGCCAAGUCUCCUCUCUUCUUCAAGAUUUUCUUACUUGCGCUUCUCGGGCUCACGUCGAAGGUAGCUGGUUGUAAAGGUAUAGAAUAUAGUUCCCCAACUCUUUCCUCUGCUAUCAGCAAUCUUACACCAGCUUUCACCUUCAUGCUUGCCGUCUUCUUCAGGAUGGAACAAGUAAUGUUAAGAAGCUCUGCAACUCAGGCUAAAAUCAUUGGCACAAUAGUCUCUAUAUCUGGUGCUCUGGUUAUUGUUCUGUAUAAAGGCCCAAAACUUCUUGUUGCUCCAUCAUUUACUUUGUUCGAGUCUAGUUGGAUAAUUGGAGGCCUUUUGCUCGGUCUGCAAUUUUUGCUUCUUUCAGUCUGGUUUAUUCUUCAGACUCAUAUCAUGGAGAUAUACCCUGAAGAAAUAGCUGUAGUCUUCUGCUACAACUUAUGCGCAACGCUAAUCUCAGGGAUAGUAUGUCUACUUGCAGAAAAAGACUUGAAUUCUUGGCAGCUUAAACCCGGUUUCUCCCUCGCUUCAGUCAUAUACUCGGGACUCUUUGAUACAUCAUUGGGCUCAGUUAUCCACACAUGGGGUCUUCAUGUGAAGGGUCCGGUCUACGUAUCCUUGUUCAAGCCAUUGUCUAUUGCAAUUGCAGUCGCCAUGGCUGCUAUAUUCCUUGGCGAGGCACUUCACCUCGGGAGUGUGAUUGGAUCAGUGAUAUUGAGCUUUGGGUUUUACACUGUGAUUUGGGGCAAAGCAAGAGAGGAUGCAACUAAAACAGAAAGUGAUUCUGAGCAGUCACUUUUAUUGCCUACACACGACAGAGAAGAUUAAACCUUCUCAUGAAGAUAUGUUGGUUCCAUUAGAAGAUGAAUCCUUAUUUAUCUUGUAAGUUGUAUGUAUAUAGUUUAAAGAUCUUAUGACUUGUACAAAAUUUCUAACAUGAUACAUUGAAAUGUGAAAAAUGAUUUACUUAUUUGUUGAGAAAAUAAUAAUAUUUCUUAUUU